AUGGUUUCUCUUCGACUACCAAUUGCCAAUCCCCACUUAUGUGGAGGUUCUAUUCUAUCAGAUUCUUAUAUUCUCACAGCAGCUCAUUGUGUCGAUACCCUUUCACCUAAUGACCUAUCUGUUGUUGCUGGUAUUCAUAAUAAAUCCGACCAAAAUGGCGUCAUCCGUCAAGUUGAUCAUAUCUUUGUUCACCCCAACUGGUCAUCGCCUGAAAACCUUCAUGAUAUUGCAAUUUUACGCUUAUCUCAACCACUUGAGCUUGCUGACAAUUCAUUACUUACAAGAACCUGUCUACCACAUGUUCACUGGCUAACCAUCAUCGAACAUUAUCCAUCAAGUGGCACACGUUUAGCUGCAAUCGGCUGGGGUAAUAGAAACAACAGCAUACUUGAUAAUUCACCAGACAAUCUUCAUCAAGUUCAAGUAUUUUCCAUUGACAAUAAUGAUCCAAAUUGUAUUGAAUCACUCCAUGACCCAGAAAUACAAUUUUGUGCUGGAUUGCAGCAAGGUGGCAAAGGUGAUUCUGGUGGACCGAUUUUUCAAUGGCUCAAUAAUCGAUGGGAACAGGUGGGCAUAAGAAGUUUCAGUAAAGGAUGUGCCAUCGCAGGUAAUCCAGGUGUUUACACACGUUUAGCUUACUACUACCACUGGAUUCGCUCAAUUGUGGUCGACACCAACGUUCAACCACCACUGACGUACACAUGUGACAAUGCAAAAACGUCAUGUGGCUGUGGCUAUAAAAAUGUUGAACUUACACCAUCGAGAAUCGUUGGUGGAGAAGAAGCAGUACCCUACAGCUGGUCAUUCAUGGUCUCCAUACAGGGUCGUUCGUCCAAAAGUCACUUUUGUGGUGGUUCAAUUUUUUCCGAUUCCUAUAUUCUCACAGCAGCUCAUUGUGUUGAGGAUGAAACAGCGGAUAAUAUACAAAUUGUGGCUGGUGUGCAUAAUAGAUCUGACCCAAAUGGUGUAAUACGUGAAGUGGAUCAUAUCUAUGUACAUCCGGGUUGGUCAUCAUCAUCGAGUGAACGUCGACAUGAUAUUGCAAUGUUACAUUUAUCACAACCACUGGGACUUGCUUCAAAGCCAUUGUUAACGCCGAUUUGUGUGCCGAAUGUUCAGUGGUCAACCAAUGUUGAAAGUUAUCCGAGCAGUGGUACACGUUUAGCUGCAAUCGGUUGGGGUAAUAUAAAACAGAGCUGGAGUGAUAAUUCACCAGACAAUCUUCAUCAAGUUCAAGUAUUUACGAUUGAUAACAAUGAUCCAAUUUGUAAUAAAUCACUCUAUGACACACAAGUACAAUUUUGUGCUGCACUCUACGAAGGUGGCAAAGAUACUUGUCAAGGCGAUUCUGGUGGACCAAUCUUACAGUGGUUGGGCGACAGAUGGGAGCAGGUUGGUAUUACAAGUUUCGGUAGAGGCUGCGCCGUGAAAGGCGAUCCUGGUAUUUAUACACGGUUAGCCUACUAUUACGAUUGGUUGAAUUCAAUCGUGGCCGAAAACAUAACCAAACCGAGAGAGAAAUAUUCAUGUAAUAAUGUAUCACAGCCUUGUGGAUGUGGUUAUAAUAAUGUUGAGCUCACACCAUCAAGAAUUGUCGGUGGUGAAGAAGCAGUACCCUACAGUUGGUCAAUGGUAGUGUCUAUCCGAUCUCGUUUAUCCAGUCGACACUUUUGCGGUGGCUCUAUUCUAUCGGAUUCAUAUAUUCUUACGGCUGCCCACUGUGUUGAGGAUGAAACACCAAAUACAGUAUCAGUUGCUACCGGCAUGCAUAAUAAAUCUGAUCCGCAUGCUGUGAUUCGUGACGUUGAUAAGAUUUAUAUUCACCCGGGCUGGUCAUCGUCAUCGAAUGAAAAUCGGAACGACAUUGCUAUUUUACGUCUAUCACGACCACUCGGAGUUGAGUCAAAUCGAUUACUGAAACGAACCUGCGUGCCACAUGUUCAAUUACCUGUCCAUGUUGAAAAUUAUCCGGCCAAUGGUACACGCUUAGCGACGAUCGGCUGGGGUCGUACAGAAAUGGGUAAUAGUACAAGUUCACCUGACAAUCUUCAUCAAGUUCAAGUCUUCACGAUUGAUAACAACGAUCCAAUCUGUAAUAAAUCACUAUAUGACACACAAGUACAAUUUUGUGCUGCGCUUCAUGAAGGUGGUAAAGGUGAUUCUGGUGGACCCAUUUUUCAAUGGCUUGGUGAUCGAUGGGAACAGGUUGGUAUAACAAGUUUUGGUGUAGGUUGUGCUCUUCCACGCCAACCUGGUAUUUAUACACGAUUAGCUGCCUAUCACGAAUGGAUCGUAUCAAUUGUAAGUGAUGUCAUUUCACCGGAAGUGACAGAUACUACUACUGAUACAACUUCUGUGACGACUGGAGAAUCUACAGAAUCAUACGACUGUUAUGCAACAACAUCGACGUGUGGGUGCAGUUGGAAUAAUGUGCAAAUCGGUUCAUCGCGUAUUAUCAAUGGUGAAGAAGCAAUUCAUAACAGUUGGACUAUGGUGGUUUCAAUUCGUCUAAAUAGUUCUCCUUAUCAUUAUUGUGGCGGCACAAUCGUCAAUGAUUCUUAUAUUCUUACAGCGGCUCAUUGCGUAGAUGGUUUAUUUCCAUCAAAUCUAUCUGUUAGAGCUGGUGUGCAUAAUCAAUCGAGUACAAUGGGAUAUGAUCGUCGAGUCGAUCGUAUUGUGAUUCAUCCAAAGUGGAUUGCAUCGGAUCGUACCUAUCGAAAUGAUAUUGCUCUAUUGCACAUUUAUCCGCCACUGGUACUUGAUGUUUGGAUUGAUUUGGCUCAAACAUGUAUACCCAAAUUGAACUCAUCAGUCAACAUUGUUAAUUAUCCACUGGUUGGUACACGUUUGGCUAUUGUCGGAUGGGGUUCAAUACGAACUGAAACAAUUAUGUUACCGGAUAAUCUUCGACAAGCACGUGUGUUUGCUAUGAAUAAUGAAGAUCCAAGUUGUCAACGAGCGAUUCAUGAUGUCAGACAACAAUUUUGUACUGAUUCGUUCAAUUUAAUUAAAGGUCCGAGCCAUGGCGAUUCUGGUGGCCCAAUUAUGGAAUGGAAAGGCAAUCACUGGGAACAGGUCAAACAAGUCAUUGGUUUUCCAGUGGACGAUCGUCCGGCGAUUUAUACACGACUUGCCUAUUAUUCUGAUUGGAUUGAAUCUGUUGUCAAUGCAUGGCCGAAUACUUCCACACCAUUACCACAUGUUGUCUAUCAAUGUAAUCGAACAUCAACAUGUGGUUGUGGUCAAAAUGAUGUUGCUCUGUUACCAUCUCGGAUUGUUGGCGGUGAAGAUGCUGUCGAAGCUAGUUGGUCAAUGAUUAUUUCACUUCGUUUUCCUGAAACAUCUCAUCGAUGUGGUGGAACACUCUUAUCUGAAUCAUUCAUUCUCACUGCUGCUCAUUGCGUUGUCCAAUUGUCAAUCCAAAGUGGAAUGAAUAUCACUGUUGCCGUUGGUAUGACAAAUCGAUCCGAUCCAAGACAAAUCAUACGAGAGGUCGAUCAGAUCUACGUACAUCCAAAUUACACAAGUCAAACUCGUGAGUAUCGUCAUGAUAUUGCUCUUUUACAUGUCAAAACUCCAUUCGUCUACACUAAUAAUCCACUGUUGGCAAAAUCCUGUAUUCACAAAAUCGAUCCACCUGCAUUGACCAUACAACAUCCGAGAAAUGGCUCACGUUUGGCCGUAAUUGGAUGGGGUGUUUUGACAAGUGAAGGUUUCUCUCUACCUGAAAUGCUCCAACAAGUUCAAGUCUAUACAAUUGACAAUGAUCAUCCGGCAUGUUUGGACUCUAUUUAUGAUCCGCAAGUGCAAUUCUGUGCAGGAAUUAUUGAAGGUGGCAAAGGCGAUUCGGGUGGACCGAUUUUUCAAUGGACAGGACAUUAUUGGGAACAAGUAGGUAUUGUCUCGUACGGAUACGGCUGUGCAGAUCCGGGUUAUCCUGGCAUUUAUACUCGAUUAUCGUACUAUUACGAUUGGGUGAAUGAUAUUCUUCAAAGUCAAGGCGAACAUUUGGAACCAUCGAAUCAAAUAACGAGACCCUCCAGUACAACGACAACCACCACUAGACAAACAACGACAACCACUAGACAAACAACGACAACCACUAGACAAACAAUGACAACCACUAGACGAACAACAACAACCACUAGACAAACAACGAUAUCAAGCAAUACAGAACCAAUAGCAACUGAAGACACUACGAUUAGUACCCGUCCAUCUCCAUUACCCUGUACAAGCAAUGGAAACAAAAAUUAUCAAAAUAUGUUGACUGUUGAAAUAAUUCUUCUUAUUGUACAUGCUCUUUUUCUAUAUUACAGUGGAUUUUGA